AUGCGGCUUCCCUUAGCGUUUUGGACAGUUAUCCUAAUUAGAAUAUCACAGAUUUUGGCCGGCGAUGAUGUCGAAGUGGUGAAGGCGGUUUCGCCAGAUGAAGCACCAGAACGAUCAGAUGACCCAGAUCAGGUGGCUCUGGAGACGGUGGACCAGGAGGGAGCACCCACACUUCACUUCUCGCACGGACCGCCGCCGCCCGGACCAAGUAAGACGCUCAGUAGGCAAUAAGGCUCCUUUUCACCACUCAAAUCCUUUCCAGGUGUGCCCAAACUGGCGUCUCUAGGACUCGGACAGCCCUUCGGACCGCCGCCGCCACCGCAAUUGGCCUACCACGGACCGCCGCCACCAUUGCCGAAUCACGCCCACGAUCUGGGGCAGGACAAGCUGUUUGCCCUGCCGCCAGUCAGCAAUGAUCUCUGGUCUGCGCCAGUGCCGGACAUGCCGAAGAUCGUCUCGUUGGAUGUGAAGUGCGAGAAGGGCGGCAUGAAAGUGUUCCUGCAGUUCGACAAACCCUUCUUCGGCAUCGUCUUCUCCAAGGGACACUACAGCAACAUCAACUGCGUCCACUUACCGGCGGGCCUGGGCAGGAGUUCGGCCACCUUCGACAUUGGCAUCCACGCGUGUGGAACGUCGGGAAACACCGAGAAUGGAUUGUACGGCUACGGCACGGAAUCGGGGUCGGGCACGUAUUUUGAGAACAUAAUCGUGAUUCAGUACGAUCCUCAGGUGCAGGAGGUGUGGGAUCAGGCCAGAAAGCUGCGGUGCACGUGGCAUGAUCAGUACGAGAAGAGCGUGACCUUCAGGCCUUUCCCCGUGGAUAUGCUGGACGUGGUAAGGGCGGACUUUGCCGGGGACAAUGUUGGGUGCUGGAUGCAGAUUCAGGUCGGCAAGGGUCCGUGGGCCUCAGAGGUCUCGGGUCUGGUGAAGAUCGGACAGACAAUGACGAUGGUGCUGGCGAUUAAGGAUGAUGACAGCAAAUUCGACAUGUUGGUAAGAAAUUGCAUGGCUCACGAUGGCAAGAGAGCGCCCAUUCAGCUGGUGGAUCAGCGCGGAUGCGUCACGAGGCCUAAAUUGAUGUCCAGAUUCACGAAGAUCAAGAACUUCGGAGCGUCCGCUUCCGUUCUCUCUUAUGCUCACUUCCAAGCCUUCAAGUUCCCCGACUCGAUGGAGGUUCACUUCCAGUGCACCAUUCAGAUUUGUCGCUACCAGUGCCCCGAACAGUGCUCAGAUCCUCUCCUCGAUGUCCACCACCUGUCCGCUGGGCCUGAACAUCAGUACGGUCCUCCGCCACCGCUGCCACUCGACGCCUUCCUCCACGCCGCCCGGAAGCGCGAUGACCGUCGCGUGGGCAGAAUCACGCGUUCCACAGACCCGGAGAAGGAGGUGGGCCUCAAUCGCAUCAUCAGAGUGGUGUCCUCCGGCGACCUCACCUUCCCGAUCGACAGUCAGGCCAAUGCCACGCAGCAAGAGACCAUGGUGUUCCCCGCCCGCGACGACGGCCUGAUUUGCAUGACGACACCCGGCUUCGCCGCCACGCUCGUGGUGCUGCUGGGCAUCCUCAUUGUCUCCUGCCUCAUGUCCGCCUUCCUGUGCGUCCGCCUCAGGCCUUUCUCCCUGGCGGCCGAGAAGGCGCGCACGGUGGCCUUUACCAAUCCCAACAUGACCGUCGUGGGCACCAUCCAGCGAAGAUUGCCUCAGAAUGUACGUCAAACAUCUUCAGUUCGAGAGGUAUUUGGGAACGGGAAGCAGCAAGUACUGGAAGUAUCACGUCUGCUGCCCAAUUUGCCGCCAAAAAUCAUUCUGUAUGAUUCUGGAAAUGCCGCGCAUCCUUAA